UUUUUUUGUCUAAAGUUCAUAUAUUAAAUGAACAUAAACUGUUAUUAUGCAGUGAAGGAGUUUAUCAUUAAUUACUUUUACGUAACAGAUUUAACUGCAGACCUCAGAAGCAAAAGAAAUUUGUCUUAAAUUUUCUUCUGAAUCUACAUUUAAAGAUAAUCUCUAGUUUAGUUUGGAUUAUCAGUUUGCUGCAUUACCUGACGCUGCCAGUGAGUGGCGCCACCUGCCGUCCUUUCACCUGCAGGUGUUCCUAAUUGGACUGUGAGAUCAUGAGGCAGCAGCGCCGCAGCCUCAGUCAAAUGACUGGACCUUGUUCUUCUCAUCAUGGUUCCGCUGCUGCUCCUGCUGCUCUGCGCCCGUCAGACGGUCCAGAGCCCGAACCGAACCGCCCCGCUGCAGCCCGGGGCCCAGGCAGCCACCUUGCUGCAGCACACCCACCUCAGCCUGCCCAUGUACCUGGACUCCGACCUGCCGCUGGUCCGGAAGGACUUCUUCUCCCCGGCCAGAGGCAGCGGGCAGCGCGGCUUGCCGCGGCCGGUCCGGGAGCUGCUGCUGCCGGUGUGGCCCCGCGCCGGCGGCCCGCCCAGCGUGUCGGGGGCCGCCGUGAGGACUUCCUGUGAGCGCAACCGGAUGCAGCUGCAGGUGGAGCGGAGCGUCCUGGGCUCCGGGGAACCGGGCUCUCACCUGAAGCUGGGGACCUGCGGGGUCAGCAGGUCCACUGAGGAUCGCCUCUACUUCGAAUAUGAUCUGCGCAUGUGCGGAACCCAGCGUACCAUGAUCAAUAAUCGGAUGGUUUUCUUCAACAAGCUGCAUUACGACCCUCCGAAGCCAAAAGGACCAAUCAGACGAACGGCGCCGUUCAGCGUGCCGGUGGCUUGUUAUUUUAACAGGUUUGUUUAUUCGUAUAAAGUUGGAUACUCUCCCAAGGUGCAGAUGUGGAAGUUCCUGAAAAAACUGAAGAAAGUGGCUAAAUUUGUUCUGACUCCAAGAAACGCCCAGUGGAAGCAGCUUUCCGGGUCGGAUCACGUUCUCCUCGGUCAGCCGGUGUUCUUCGCCGCUGAGGCUCAGUCUUUGUCCAGAGAUGAGCGACUCUACGUCCUGUCCUGCUACGCGACUCCAGAGGAGUCCCCCACCUCCACGCCUCAGUUUCCAGUCAUCACUAACUUUGGAUGUAUGGCUGAGAGUAAGAACAGCCGCUCCAGAUUCAUCCCACACAGAAACGACGCCGUCAGGUUUUCUGUCGACGCCUUCGUCUUUAAGGGAGUGACGGGUCGGCUCUACAUGCACUGCAGCAUGUUGGUGAGCGCUUCAGAACCGACACCGACAGCAAAGUCCUGCAACUAUGACACCAGAACCAGAAGGUGGGUGGAGCUGUUCGGGUCCAACUCUGUGUGCAACUGCUGCGAUUCCAGCUGCAGCCCGGAUGAAUCUGCAGAGACUGAAGUCGUCAGCAGCACGUCGUGGACCAUAGAUCCUAAAAUGAAAUCCAAACCUCUGAACAAGGAGAGCAACACGACGGCCACCAGAGGAAUAACGGGGAGGAAGAGGAGGUGGGUGAAGAGCGCCUCCCUGGUGGAGGGCGAGGAGAACGUCUCUGAACUUCAAACUUUGACGGCAUCUUUGAUUUUUGACUGAGAAAUUUGGUGAACUGACUUUAAACUCCUGUUUUAUUUUGACUUAAGUUAUUGUUGAUUUGCAAAACAUGUUAAAUAAAACAGAUAUUUGAGCGA